AUGGCUUCAGCCAAAGCCAUGGGCGCUCACGUUCAGCGAAUCGCAUGCGUCAUGGAUGAACUCACACAAAAGCUGACGUUGCUCAGCAUGGUGAACCAUCAAGUAGUAGAGGCGCUCCAUGAUAAUGACUCUGGUCAUGCAUUUGAGCUUGUGGGCCCUGAUCUUCUAAAACGCAUGGUGGAGCAAAUACGACUUGAAGAUUUGUACCAUGGCAGUGCCGCAACGGGCGACGAGGCCGCCGCUACUUCUUUGUAUGUAGAUGACAUGCAAGAAAUUGUUGAGCAGUUAGAGAGGAACACCGGAGAACUCGGUGCGAAAAUGCGAGAGGUGCCAGAUCUAGUGCAGGAGCUAAGACUACUGCAAGAAGUGAAGCCAGUCAAUUUCAUGAGGUUUAUACACGCCGUAGCGGACAUGCACGAUGUAUUGUUGAAGCGGUUUUUGACACCGUUGGAAGACGAGAAAGCAAAUGAAGAUUUGCUGCACUUGUACCUCCAGCAGGAACGCGCGUCAGCGGAACGUCGUGCUGACUUGGAGACACAACUGGCACGGCUGCGGACGGAGCGGCAAAAGCACUCUAUCAGGUCCUCAGAUGCGAUUGCAAAGCUUAAGUCCGACUUGCAUGAUAUACAGAGCACAACUGAACAACGGUUGUGGCAGAUAAAUGAAGAUAUUUGUAGGCAGGAUGCGCAACAGACGCGAGCUUUUCAUCGAAAGGCAGGAGACUCUGCUACCCUAAAGGCCCAAUUGGAAAAGCGCGAGGCAAUCCAGACAGCUGCAGCAAGGGAAGAAAUGGAUGCUACAAACCGUAGCCAUAGGAUCGCCAGACGAGAGCUAGAGCACACCAUAAGAACGCUAGACAGAGAUGUUGCCCAGAAGGAGAGGGACAUUGAAGAGUUAAGCCAUAGGAAUGAAUGUGAUGAGAAAUCCCUUGCUUGCCUGAUGAAAGCUCUAAGUGCAGUAUACGAAGAAAAAGAAAGAAAAGAGAAUGCGGCACAAAUUGCCAGGUUACUGUCCGACAGGGCAAAAGCAGAGCACACUAGCAAAGUAGAUGCAGCAUGUCUCCUACAGUCUUACUGGCGUGGGAUCAACCAGAGGGAAGAAUAUUUGGAGUUUAAGAAGGCAGCAACACGGAAGGUAAAGAAGAAAAGUGCUUCCAAGAAGUGA